CCGUGGGAGAAGCACCCCCAGCGUCCAGCUCCGCCUCGCCUUUUCCGCGUGGUUCGCAUGUUGCCGGAGCCUGGGCCGUCGCUGCACAGCGGCCUCUUUCGGAAGCGCACCAUCAAGGAGGUUCAGAGCUGCCUGGAGCAUCUGCGGUCGCCGGACGUUGACCGAAGUGCGAAGUUGGAGGUACUGAACCGGCUUGCCGACUACGUGGUGGACCGGACAGUUCUGGAGACAACCAAAGUGGGCAAAGAGAUCGGCAAGUUCGUGAGGUCCGAUGACUCGGACGUUGCCCAGUUAGCGAAGGAGCUGGAAGCCGAGUGGAAGGAGAAUCUGAGAUUUCGAGAUACGGUGGUCAAUGGAUUCACGCAGGAAGGCCUCUCAAAGAAGAGGAGCCAGGAGAUGGAGGAGGGCCUCUUCAACUUCUGCUGCCCGCUGGGUUUCAUUGACGGUGAAGAGAAGAAGGAGUACAGCCGGCAGUACAAGAGGCUGCGAACGCACCUUCUGGCCCGUGACGAGGGAAGUCUCUUCAAGAGACUGGAGUCACAGGAGCUUGCUGCACGGCAGGUGGCCGGGCUGCCGGACGAGAGCCUCCGCAGCAAGAGGCAGCAGCAGCAGUUUCUGGAGGCUCGCGCGGAGGGCCUCCAGGCUGCGCUGCUCAAGACGCAGAUGGUGCAGCCAGCGACGGAGGACUACAGCUGCAGCAAGUGUGGGUCCCAGCGCUGCAUGCGCAACGAAGUCCAGACGGGGUGGCACAGCGACCAGCAGGACUUGACUCUUUUCGUCACUUGCCUCAGCUGUGGUCAUCGCUGGAAGGAGGGAGAUGACCAUGGCCUUGCGAGCUGACAUCGGAAUUGCUCCCCUGGCGCGUCGAGUGGUGUACCUUCGCUGCUCGACAUGCAGGGCCAGCCUGGAA